GUAGAUCUCCCUCCCGUGCAAAUUUACUAGCAAGGUACUGAAAGCUUAACAUUAACACCAGAGAGGCGUGGGCCGGCGUCAUUUGGACAUAUAAAAGGACCAAGCAAGCCUCGGUGGGAUUUGUGCUCAUCGUUACCUUUUGAGUGUUUCCUUUAAAUCUAAAACACCAUCUUCCGAUAAGCACGGAGGAAGGAGAAAGCCAUUUGAGUUUAUUUUUUAAUAUCUUUUAUUUUUUAUUUUUUUAUAAAUCUUCUUUCUCAUCUUUGUUUUCUCUUUCUUCCUUUAACUGAUCUUGUUUUUACUUUUCAUUUGUUCUUGAAUACCCUACCUCCCUGUCUACAGGUAGCAAGACAAUAUGAAAGGCUUUGGAGCGAUAGUCGCUUCCAUUGCAUUAACUUCAAUAUGUGAUGGUACGUGUUACUCCAAAGAGAGUUCCCAAGUUCAAAUUUGGUUAACCCAUGUGUAGCUCGUCAAUUGGUUUUACCCAGAGAUGCAUCCCCGGAAACUGUCGCAGCUGAAGUAUUGGCGGCACCCAUGGUAGCUCUGAAGCGUGCAUUACCAGAUUCGCCAACAGGAAGCUACACCCCAGGAGCGGUUGACUGUCCCGAUACGAGACCGACGAUUAGAAAAGCCAAUGAAUUAUCCGCCAAUGAAACAUCAUGGCUUCGACUACGAAGAAAUAAUACUAUUCAACCCAUGAUAACUUUCCUCGAAAGGAUGAACAUUUCCGGAUUCGAUGCGGCUGAAUAUAUCAACAAAGUCUCAGGCAAUGCAUCCACAUUACCAAAUAUUGGUAUAGCAAUUUCUGGAGGCGGUUAUCGUGCAAUGCUUAAUGGUGCUGGAUUUCUUGCUGCCGCCGAUGAUCGAACCACAAAUUCGACCAACACUGGACAGAUUGGAGGUCUCCUACAAGCUACCACCUAUCUUGCUGGCCUUUCUGGUGGUGGUUGGUUGGUCGGUUCAAUUUAUACCAACAACUUUAGCAGCGUCGAAGCUUUACGGGAUGGUGCCGACGUGUGGAAUUUUGAUAACUCCAUCUUCGAAGGACCUGACGAUGAUGGCAUUCAAAUCCUGAGCACUGCUGAUUACUAUAGUACCAUCGAAUCUGAAGUUAAAGGAAAGGCGAAUGCUCCGCUCAAUUUCAACACCUCCGUCACGGAUUAUUGGGGACGUGCAUUAUCGUUCCAACUUGUUAAUGCGACGGAUGGUGGACCGGCUUACACCUUUUCGUCAAUCGCGCUAGAGGACAACUUCGCAAAUGCUAAUAUCCCAAUGCCUUUUCUCGUUGCUGAUAGCCGUUCGCCAUACACCGAGAUUAUAUCACUCAACUCCACUGUCUACGAAUUUAAUCCAUUUGAGCUGGGUUCAUGGGACCCUACGACUUAUGCAUUUGCACCACUGCGAUACAUUGGUUCGAACUUCACCGCCGGAGCCAUUCCGGACGGUCAGCAAUGCGUUCGUGGUUUUGAUCAGGUCGGCUACGUGAUGGGUACUUCAUCCACUCUUUUCAAUCAAUUCUUGCUUCAGGCCAACACAACUUCACUUCCAAGCUUUGUUACUGAAGCCCUCACCGCCAUUCUCGACAAAGUAGGAUUCACCAACAAUGAUAUAGCGCAAUAUCAACCUAACCCUUUUUACGGAUACAACAAUGAAACCAAUCGAAACGCCCAAACUACACAACUAGAUCUAGUCGAUGGUGGUGAAGAUGGCCAGAAUAUUCCUCUUUACCCGCUCAUUCAACCUAUCCGUGAAGUGGAUGUAAUCUUCGCGAUCGACUCAUCCGCAGACACCGAGUACUUGUGGCCCAACGGAACUUCUCUUGUUGCAACCUGGGAACGCUCUCAAAAUGAAACUAUUGCAAACGGAACGGCGUUCCCUUCAGUUCCUGGUCAAAAUACAUUCGUCAAUCUUGGACUUAACAAACGUCCCAGUUUCUUCGGUUGUGAUCCCUCAAAUUCCACGGGACAGACACCUUUGAUCGUUUACAUUCCUAAUGCCCCCUAUAUCUACCAUUCCAAUGUAUCGACCUUUGACCCGGAGUACACUAACAAGGAACGCAACCUCAUCAUUAGAAAUGGUUACGAGGUCGCCACAAUGGCUAAUGGUACCAUCGAUCCAGAUUGGCCAACAUGUCUUGGCUGUGCUAUCAUUUCCCGCUCACUUCACAAGACCAAUACCUCUGUACCCGAUGCAUGCACCACCUGUUUCAACAAAUACUGUUGGAAUGGUACUUUGAAUACUAGUGAAGUUAACUACGAUCCCGCGUAUAUCGCGUCUUCUUCUGGUGUCUCCUUGCAAGGAAGCAAAUUCAUGAGCGUUAUUGUCGCUGUAACUGCUGCUGCAUGCAUUGUGUUUGCAUGAGGAUGAAAUUACAUUCUGGGAUUGGGUUAUAAAAGAGAAUUGGAAAAGAUGAUGUGGGUAUUUUGUAUAUAUCGAUGUUUUAAUGAGGAAAGACGGGAGUGUAAUUAUAUUUCGCAUCUGUAUUUCUUUGAGGAUUGAAUGAUAUUAGGUAGUCUUGAGGAACCGUUGCAAUAGGUAGUCCUGAGGAACCGUUGGAAUAGUUGGGUUAUUUCAGACUAGAUGUUAGCAUGUUCAAUAAUACCUAGUAUCUUCAGCUACCUACCUAGAGAA